GGUCCGAGUGGAGCGAGCGAGCUGAGUGGUUGUGUAGUCGAGUCCCGGAGACCGGUAGCGCUUGCAGCAUGUCUGACCAGCUGACUGAAGAGCAGAUUGCAGAAUUCAAAGAAGCUUUUUCACUAUUUGACAAGGAUGGUGAUGGAACUAUAACAACAAAGGAGUUGGGAACUGUAAUGAGGUCUCUUGGGCAGAAUCCCACAGAAGUAGAGUUACAGGACAUGAUUAAUGAGGUGGAUGCUGAUGGUAACAGCACAAUUGACUUCCUGGAAUUUCUGACAAUGAUGGCAAGAAAAAUGAAAGACACAGACAGUGAAGAAGAAAUUAGAGAAGCAUUCCGUGUGUUUGAUGAGGAUGGUAAUGGCUAUAUUAGUGCAGCAGAGCUCCGCCAUGUGAUGACAAACCUUGGAGAGAAGUUAACAGAUGAAGAGGUUGAUGAAAUGAUCAGGGAAGCAGAUAUUGAUGGUGAUGGUCAAGUAAACUAUGAAGAGUUUUUACAAAUGAUGACAGCAAACUGAAGAC